GACAGCUGCAGCCAGCUCGCGGCAUGAGGAGCUGUGCUGGAGGGUUAUCAGUCCGUCUGACCAGCAUCGAGUUCAACCGGUGAAGCUAGUCGACAGUCGGGGACAAGCCUUCAGCACAACGGCAGCGUUUGGCUCCUCUGGACAGCGAGGGAGAGAAUGAGAAUAGUGGGUUUAGUUUGUAAUUGUAGGUACAGCGCAGCAGAAGAAGGGAAGUCACUCCGAAAGAUUUUGACAUGAAGAAGGACAUAGACAUAGACACAUUGAUAGCAGUGGAACGCGCUGAAAUCAUCUCCAAAUAUGACAAGGGCAGGCAGGAGGGUGUCAACAUUGACCCGUGGGAGGAUGCUGACUACAGCAUCUAUAAAGUCACUGACCGCUUCGGCUUCCUGCAUGAGGAAGAGCUGCCGACACCCAGUGCGCUUGAAGAGAAGCAAAAGCAGCAGGAGAUUGAGCGAGUGGAGAAAUGGGUAAAGAUGGUGAAGAACUGGGACAAGUAUAGGAACAGUGAAAAGUUGGUGAAGCGUGUAUAUAAAGGCAUCCCUCUCCAGCUCAGAGGCCAGGCCUGGGCCUUGCUUUUGGACAUAGAGAAAGUCAAAGAAGAAAACGAGGGAAAGUAUGAGAAAAUGAAGCUGCAGGCACGUAACUACUCCACGGAGAUCAAACAGAUAGACUUAGAUGUCAACAGGACCUUCAGGAACCACAUCAUGUUUAUGGACCGCUUUGGAGUCAAGCAGCAGGCACUGUUUCACGUCCUUGCAGCCUACUCCGUCUACAACACGGAGGUGAGCUACUGCCAGGGGAUGAGUCAGAUCGCUGCCAUCUUGCUCAUGUACCUGAAUGAGGAAGACGCCUUCUGGGCCCUGUCCCAGCUCCUCACCAACAGCAAGCAUGCCAUGCACGGGUUCUUCAUCCCGGGAUUUCCCAAGCUGCAGCGUUUCCAGGCCCAUCACGAGCUGAUCCUCUCCAAAAUGCUGCCUAAGCUGAAGAAGCACCUGGACAAGGAGCAGAUGACAACGGGGAUUUACACCACCAAAUGGUUUCUCCAGUGCUUCAUUGACAGAACCCCUUUCACCCUCACCCUGCGUUUAUGGGACAUCUACAUAUUGGAAGGAGAGAAGAUGUUAGCUGCCAUGGCUUAUACAACCCUCAAGUUACACAAGAAGCGCCUGCAGAAGCUUCAGUUGGAGGACCUGAGGGAGUUUCUUCAGGAGCAGCUGGCUGCUUCUUUUUUCCUGUCUGAUGAUGUGGUGGUUGAACAGUUACAGGCUGCCAUGGCUGAGCUGCGCAGCAAAAAGCUGGACCAACCUCCCCCAGCCAAGUCAGAGGAGCUGCCAAAGAAACCUCUGGGUCAAGAGCGACCAGUUCUCCUACUGCCUCUGCAGCCUGACUCACCUCUGGAGGUCAAAAUAAAUCUGCAGCCCCACAGCCAGCCCAACGUAGAGGUGCCGCAAACAGAUAGCAUCACUCUACACCAGACCCCGUCUCCUGCUGAGCCCCAGGACUCGAGAAGCCUCUCCGGGGCAAACACACUUUCUUUGCCUUCACCAGAUCCAGUUGUAGUGCACACACAGGAAACUCCUUCUCCUAGGCCUUGUAGAGCACCUCCAGCACCUCCAAAAGCAAACAAAUCCUGUGCUGAGGUAGAUGUGCAGGAGUCGGUCCCAGAGGUUAGCCAGACAGAAGAUGGGGAGAGCCAGCUUGGAAAACCAGAGACCAAGGAUGAGCCUGUGGAUUGGCCUCCACCCUAUGAGCCCCCUGCUGUGGAGGCUCUUACAAUGCAGACUGAGGAGGAGAUCAUGGACCUUCCAGAUCUGCCACCUCCACCUUUAUUUUACACUGACCAGAAUGACCAGUGUCUAGGAGCUGGGACUGGCCCACAGAACCAGCGUCGCUCUCCUUCCCCGCGUUCUGCCUCACCACUGGUCAGUCAAAUCAAGCUAUCUCCAAAAAUACUCCCAAAACCCCCCACAUCACUCGACCUCACCCAGAAAAAACCUCUUCCCCCAAAGCCCUCCCUUCCCCGUGCCAUCACAGCAUCCUCCUCCUCCUCCUCCUCCUCCUCUCCCAUGCUCCCUCCCCCAAAGCCAACCAAGUUCCCAGUCUCUCUUUACGUCCCGCUUUCUGCGGGAGACCGGCGGCCUUCUAACACCUCCCAGUACGACAACCUGUCUGAAAUUGAUGAGGACGACCGCUACCCGGAGAGGCUACUGGGCUCCACACCCGAGGAGGUUCCCAGCAUGCACUGCAAUCCACCUACUGCCAUUGACAGGGACUAUGACCCCGCUCUCUACCCUGUGCCUCCACCUCCUGUGUUCAUCCCCCCUUCCCCAUCUCCCACUCCUCCCUUGCUGUGCACUCUCCCCAGUUUGCCUCAGGAGCCAGAAUAUGAAGGAGAGGACACGUGGGUGGAGGACUCCAUCAUCCCCCCUCCUCCACCUAGUUUUGCUGACAGACUCAGUCCCUUCCAGUGUAGUGCUACCAGCUGUUCAGACACACACAGUGCCACCUCUCCCAGUUACUCUAAGCCUUUCUCCAGGGGCCCCAGGGACCAUUCUGCCUUCCCAGCACCUCUGUUGUACACGGGGUCUCCCCCCGGCCACUCCAGGCCCUCAGGACAGUCUGCAGGAGGGGUACCCAUGGUCCGAUCCAGCCCAGACUUUUGCAGGAUGCCUCCAGGUGGACAACAGCUGCCCAAAUCAGUGACCUUUUGAAGAUUCCAAGUAUCAUUCAAGUGUUACUGAUUAUGUCUGAUUCAGGCUGUUUGAUGAUUCAGGCUUUCUGUUAUGCUUGAUUAGGUUUCAAAGCCAUUUAAGAGUUGAAAGGCUUUCACAAAGGCCAGUAGCUAUUUCCUGUGUUUUUUUGUGUGUGUUUGAAAGGACUUUUUUUAUUGAUAUGUACAGAUUUCUGUGAUAUUUGCACCUUUUUUGUAAGGGCAGUUAUCUUUUCUAAAUGUCAAACUUAUAUUUAAAACUGCUGUUUGCGUUACUGUUUGCUGCACAAAAAGCGAGUGUAUUAUGUAUAGCUUGUGAGAAACCGGAUUUGGUUUUCAACAAAACAGAAGUAAGGUAUCAGAGUUACAGGAAUAAGGUGUUCUAAUACCAGCUGCACCUUUCACCAUCGCUUCAUCUCCAGUUAGUUUCAUUUUGUUCAAGCAAAGUGUCUUAACCUGAUCGCAGCGCACUGAGGGUAGCAACUCUAACACAAGGGCUUUUGAGGCUGCCGAGUAUCCAUCAUCUUUGCUAAAGCACCCAAAGCCUGUACAUUUCUACUGCAUUUAUAGUGAAUGGUGAGCAGGCUCACACAUCUUAACAGUAUGUCAAACUGUAAAGAGAAACUGUUAAUGACAUAGUUUCUUUACUGUAUCAUUAGGUCAAUACUUGAUAAUGAAGGACCACAAAACCAGGUUGCAUCAAAGUAGUUGACAUGCAACUUUUAAAAGAAUUGCUAAAGCUGAAACAACCAGCAACAGGGGAAGUCAGGGUGCAAUAGGUCACCGGUGUAAAUACUGAAACUAAUUUAAUUCACAUGGAACCCGGUGCAGUCAUUUAUUUCCCAGACAGGUAGCAGUAGGUGCUCUGUAGGUAUUUUGCUGAUUGUUAGGUUUGUUUUAAUUAGAUUUAUUAGGAUGCUGUCAAUUUCAAAGAAAUUAUUACAGUGUGACAUGUUUGUCUAACACUUUAGUGACUUCACGACAAUAAUGUACCGUUUCAUGUAUAUGUAGGUGCAUCUAUCAAGGUUAAAUAAGUUUGAAAUGUAAGAGUUACGUGAGGAUUUCAUGAAUGCAACAUAUCAGCACAAACUUAAUAUAGGUCAAAACUCCUAUUACAAUAUUUGUGAAGAGUAGCUCCAUCUAGUGGUCAAAACAGUUAGAUUGACAGUUAUUGGACGUAAGCUCUAAAAUGAAGCCCCUGCAUUUUUCAAACAUGACCAAUGAAAAGACGCUUUUGGAAAACAGUUCUGACCAUGACAUAGAUGCCAAGUAAACUAGACUUCAGAAUAUUAGGACAGAUCCAUAAUUACAUUGUCUCCAAUUUUUUUCUGACUGGGGAGAGAAGUAAUAAAUUUCACUCAGAUGCACAGCCAUAUUUUACAACCAUAGCAGUGACUUUUGUGUUUAUUUUAAAUGUUCAGAGCAAAAGUUCUUGAGAAAUGGAAGUUGAGCCAUAUUAUAAUAAGGACCUAUAGUCAAAUAUGUUUAUACCUGUUGUUGUUUCACUCAGUUAUAUAUUACAUUAUAUACUGUGUCUGAACAUCAGUUUUUGUUUUUUGCACUGACCUUUAUUAUUACCAAGAGGUUUUGCAGUUCUCUGUAAGUAUUCAGUUCUGUUCUAAGGGAGUUACAUCUAAAAACAGCUUUCAUUUUAGGGAGUGAUGUUAACAGAUGCUUUAUUAUUUGUUCAUGAACUUUGGUCUGACUGCUGCAUAGAUUUGUGAAGUAGAUUUUUCCCCAAGAACACACAUAUUUGUCUAUUUGGCUUGUUGGACUAUCUUAAGUCAUGUGACCUUAUCACCGAUUAUGACUGUGGUUGACAUCGGUGAGACAGGGGCUCAGACCAAAGCUUGUGUACAUAUAUGCAACUACUUAUUUGAGAUUUAUAAAGAGAUCAACCUCA